ACCUUAUUUCACAAAGUUAUUAAUAUAUAUAUUUACAAAAGUAUAGUGGUAUAAAUCGAAUUUUAUACAUAGUUAUAAUUAAGAAUUAUGUUUCUGACAAAUGUGUUACUCAAAAAAGCGAAAUCCAAACUUGUUUUGGUAUUACUAGAAAGUGUAGCAAGUGGUCAUAAACGUGUACGUUUUCGGGAAAGAUUAGCUGAUAAGCAAGAAAUAACAUUGUUUGAUCCUUAUGUUCAAGAUGUUGUGCUCUACCGGGAAAUAAAGAAAAUUAAAGGUAUAGGGCCCUAACAAGCAAAAUGAAGCUGUAAAAAUGUAUCAAAUAAAAUACCAAUUUUAGUUUAGAAUUAAUGACAGUACUUGGUGUAUCAUUUGAUUCACUACUUUCAAAGAACUAGAAUCAUUUAUGUAUAUACUCUGUACAAAGGAAUCGAUCCUUACGCGAAAAACAAUGAGAUGUCAUCGUAAGUGGUUUUGAAUAAAGCGUACGGACAUUAGACGUUUUGCACGAGUUAUGCGUCUAUUUGUGUGUACAUCGAAAGGAACAAAUCAGAGCAACAGAGAAGAAAGGAG